AGAUUAAACGAAAAAAAAAACAUGGCUGUUGUGUGUCAUUUUCAACAAUAAUUUCCUUCCUUGACCUCCAUUUUUUCUAAACGAUUUUAUUGGUGCGAGAAUUUGAAAGAUUGCCGGUGCUUCGCUUCAGUUUUAACAGGAUCCUUUUAUAUUUAUUAUUUCCUAAUUCUUUUUUAGUUUGUUUUGUGUAAAAGAUGUACCUAUAGUAUGAUUUACGCUUGGUAUUCUGCUAAAAUCUCAUCUUAGGGCAAUCUAUUGCAUAAGUAAAGAUAGCGUAAACAGAAUUUUUGUCCUCAAGUGCUAAAAUUUAUUCGCGAUGAGGCAGUGUUGUGUUCCUGGGUGUAAAAACACCUCCAAUUUACGCAAGGUACCGUUUACGAAGGUAACGUGGAAGGCAUGGUUAGUUCGAUGUCCAUUUCUUCGCAAAUAUUCCCGUAAGUCAUUAGAGAAUGUUAAGAUUUGCGAACUUCAUUUUUUACCUCAACAUGUUAAAUCUCACAGACUAACGGCAGAUGCAAUUCCUACAUUGCAUCUGCCUAAGCAAAAUAUAGCUACAUCUUCUCGAAACGAGCAAUUUUUGGAAGUAUUUCCUCUUCAAUCUGGCCAACCUCUCAGUGUAAGAAUUGUUAAUCCAUCAGUCUCUCUGAUAGACACAGUUAAUGUUCAAACUGACUUUGAUUACAAUAAACAAUCUGUUUUUCCACCUACAAAUGAUCAAGUCCCAUGUGUUCAAAGUAGAGAUAUUACUGAACGUGAUUUUGAACCUAACAAUCAGAGUAUUGUUACACCAAGUACUGAGCAAGUCCAGUGUGUGGCUUCUCAAAUAAAUAAAGAAACUACUGAACCUGAUUUUUACGUACAGUCUGAUUCUAUGACAGAUUCUAUAACUACAAAUGUAGUACAUUCCUGUAGUACAAGUACAGAAACUCAAAACCAAUCUACAGAGCCAGAACUAACAGUUGGUCAACUGAGUCCUCUUCCAUCUAACACCAUGCCUUCUGAUGUUAUAUCUGCGAUACAAAGAACUCCAGUACGUGUAAAAUCACAUUCUAGACGUCAUAAGUCCCAUGUAAAGUCAGAUUUAAUUCCUAGAGUUCGUUUAGGUCAAAAUGAGACCCCUCGUAAGCAAAAGCUACGUGUGGGGAAUGAAAUGUUAAAAAUGAAGUUACGAAAUUUGACUUUGAGAUUUAAUAAAUUAAAAUCAAAGACACUGUCAUGGUCUACUCAAGUAAAACUUUUCAUCAAAAAGUAUCCUCUACUGAGUAAUUUUGGAAAAAUAUUGGUCGACUCACAAUUAAGAUUAUCUGGUGUAAAAGGAAAAGGUUCUAGAUACACAGACGAUGAAAAAAUUUUUGCACUUUCUUUGUAUAAAUUGAGUCCAAAAUGUUAUAGAUUCUUGCAAAAAAACAUAAGAUUACCAAGUAAAUCUACUAUAGGAUCUUUGUUAAAUAACAUCCCUUUGAGACCAGGUAUUAAUGAAUUUAUAUUUCAACAUUUGGCAGAUGCAGCUAAAAACAAAAAUUCUAUGGGAUUGCAGUGUGUAUUGCUGUUUGAUGAAAUGGCAAUUAAUAAAAAUUUGUUUUUUAAUUUUCAUACUGGGGUUAUCGAGGGUUUUGAAGAUCUAGGAGGUGGUGAACGCACUAAUAAUGUUGCUGACAAAGCUUUGGUUUUUAUGUUGCGUGGUAUAUUUUCAAAUUGGAAAAUACCCAUAGCUUUUUAUUUUGUUCGUGAUGGAAUUAAAACAUUUCAUUUAAAAAAGAUACUAAAAGAGCUGAUUGCAGCAAUAUUUAAAUCAGGAUUUAUUUUGAGAUGUACUGUCUCAGAUCAAGGCUCAGCGAAUGUUGCAGCUAUAAAUUCAUUAAUAGCUGACACACGCGAAGAUAUUCUUCGUAGUGGUAAUGAUGACCCAAAUAUCUUUCAUUAUAUGAUCGAUAAAAAUAAAUUAUACCACAUGUAUGAUGUUCCACACCUACUAAAAUGUUUUCGCAAUAAUUUCCAGAAGAAGGACUUGCUGAUUGGAACCCAGCGUGCACAAUGGAACUACAUCGAAAUGGUGUAUGCUUCAGAUGGCGCACAGGGUCGUGCGAGAACUACCAAAUUAACCGACAAGCAUAUUAAACCAAACUCUUAUGACAAAAUGAAGGUCAAAUUUGCUGCACAAGUCUUCAGCAGAGAGGUGUUUGCAGCCUUACAGAACAGGAUGAAGACAUAUGAAGAUCUGCAAUUAGUACAUAAUUAUAGUGUUCCAUCUGUGAACAUUGAUAAUGGUUUCUUCACUGCUGAAAUCAUCUUAUUCAUUAACGAUUUGUUUGACAGCCUGAACUGUGCCGGUCAUACUAGAGGCGAACUAUCUAACGCUUUGUCCUUGAAUUCAACUCAUUUAGAGUUUUGGAAUAAUGCAUUGAAGAAACUACAAUCAAUGAAAUUUGACGCAACAGACUCAAGAGAAAGUAAGCCUAUAUCGUUACGAAAUUUCAUUCAUGACAUAAAAACAGUAAAGCAUCUUUGGGCGGAUUUAAAAAAAAUUGAAGGCGUUAAAUUCUUAAGUCUCAAGCGUCUGAACCAGGACCCCCUGGAAAAUUUUUUCUCUCAAAUUAGAGGUCAAGGUGGUGCUAGCACACAUCCUGACUGUCAUAAUUUUGUUGCAUUAUUCAAAACGUUGUUGAUAAAUAAUAUAACGACUGGACAAUCUCUGUAUGCCAAUUGCACUUCCGAUACUGACAAAAUGCUGGGUACUCUCAGUAGUUUAAUUGAUAGACCAAAAUUAGGCAUUCAAUAUAAUGACUUCACUACAGAUGUUGAAAAUUUAAAUUUCAUUGAAAACUCUAUUCCUCAUGAAAACAUUUUUCAAACCCAAUCUGCUUCUUACAUUGCUGGUGCAAUUUGCAGACAUAUAUUGCCAAAACUUGAUUGUGGUGAAUGCCAAAAUUGUAAAAGUACACUAUUGUCCAAUGAAAUUGAGCCAUUUCAUUCUUUGAUAGCAACGAAAGAAUAUGACUCAAGUAAUAAAAAAUUAUAUUAUCCAUCACAUGAACUUGUGGUUCUGGUUUGGCAUUGUAUAUAUAUAAUUGAAGAAACAUUGCCAAAAAUUUGUAAAGUAUUCAUUUACACAGACUUGGUCAGUAAAUUAGAAUGUCUAGAUACAUCUUUUAUGACAUGCCUUGAGCAUAAAUCAGAUUUUUUGAAAGCUUUUUGGUUAUAUGUGAUUAGAAUGCAAGUUAGACAAUGGUGUAUCAACUUCAAUAGAAGAAUUCACAAUGUAGAUUCUAGAAAAAAGGGAAAGGAAAUGGAAGAUAUGCUAACAACAAAGGUAACUAAGGGUGCUAGUUAUAGAACUGCACGACGCCAAAGUCACUAAUAUUUCUGAACCAAUUGCUUAUCUGCAUGAUGUUUGUUUGUAUGUUUGUCAAUUUCCUUUUUUAGGGAUCCACACCUAAAAAGCAAAAAAGGAACCCUUAUAAGAUCACUUUGUCUGUCUGUCUGUCCGUCCGUCCGUCCGUCCGUCCGUCCGUCCGUCUGUCCGUGGUGUCGUCAAGAAAACCUAUAGGGUACUUCCCGUUGACCUAGAAACAUGAAUCUUUGUAGACAGGUAGAUCUUAUAGCACAAAGAAAAAAAUCCGAAUUUGUGGUUCCCUCCUCAUGGCUAGUUGUGUUACCCGCGCUGAGGGCGAAAGAUUCGCCGUCGCGCACGGGGUUGGUGCUGGUCCGGUGGUGAUCUCCGCGCUGCGCGCUUACAUCACAAAAAAGUAAUAAUAAUUAGUUUACUUAAAUCACAUGUAGAUGGCGCUUCCACGUUCCAAACCUCGUUUGUGAGUCCGACUCGCACUUGACCGGUUUUAUAAUAAAACAAGUUUAAUCACAAAUUAGUUAUUCAUGCACAAAGGUAUUAUUAUUUAAAAAUUUACUGUUUAUUAUGUGGUUUGUUGGUGAAGAUAUUAAAUUGAGAUGUUAAGUGAAAUUCUUCUAUUGAGAUAGAUUGAGCUAUUCGGUCACAUUUUCACAGGUGACUGAAUAAAGAUUGUACGUAUCUAUGAUUUGUCUAUAAUAAUCGAUUUUUGUACAUAGAUUGCACUUGAGUAAUAAUUUCUUUUGUGUGUGUGUGUUUCGUUUAGGUGUAUUAGGGUUCCGUACCUCAAAAAGAAAAAGGAACACUUGGUUGUCUGUCAAUUUGGGGUUAUCUUAUAGCAUAAAUGCGAAAAUCGUGAAUUUGUAAGUUACAUCACAACAAAAAAUAAUAAUAAGGGUCCACGAUAGUUACUCUAGUUUACUUAAUCACAUCAAGAUGGUGCUGUCCGUUAUUAAUUUUCAUAAGUUUCAUAUUAUAUGAGAACUUUGAGAUUUCUUGUACGAUGGUACGGCACCCUUCGUGUGUUGGACAUCUCCGAAACUGCCAAUUUUCAAAAACUACUAAAUCGUUUUAGAUAUGGUUGUUUGCAAAUAUCACUUCAAUUUUGCUAUAUAUUUUGUUUUGUAUGAGUAAGUUUCGAUCCUUUUUAGUACACACAUUAAAAUACA